UCUCUGAUCUGUCAUCGUUAUCAGCCAAUGGGUGAACAGGUGCAAGGCAGAUAACAGCUGAUUGUCAGUGUCAACGGUAUUAUAUGUGUAGUGCGAACUGUUUAUAUAAAAAACAAAUCAUAUUAAUAUUAAGGAUGAAAAUCGCCUGUUAAGAAAUCAAAAGAGUAAUUGACAAUGUAAAGAAAUGGAUUCGGACAGAAUAUUAGUUGCUGCUGGUCUGACGGCAGCUGCAGUGGUCGGAGCUUUUGUGUUUUGGGGCCCUUCAACCGGCUCAGGCAGCCGAAGAGGUCGUUUAGCUGGUCUAGUCAAUUUAGGAAGAACAUGCUUUUUAAAUGCAAUUCUACAUGCUUUAGCAGCUUGUCCACACUUUGUACAGUGGCUGGAGAAGGACGGCUCAAGAGAAACUAGUUUAAGAAGUACUUUAGCUACGGUAUUGUCGGUGGUAAAUGGCACCAAUAAAUCUGUACAAGAUAGCUUUGCUCCUGCCGCUGUAAUAAACGCUCUUAAAAGAUUAGGCUGGGUAAUACCAGCUGGAGAACAAGAUGCUCAUGAACUUUUGAAUGUUAUUCUAACAACUUUGGACGAAGAAACGCAAAAAAUGAGCAGAAAAGCUGGAUGCCUAUCAGACGCACUUGGAAUGAAUGAAAUUGAUGAUGAUGAUCUUGAUAAUCAAUCGGAGUUCAGCUCUAUGGGAAGUGUGAUGUCUUUAAAUGAUUUGUGUAGAUCCACUGGAGCUUUAAGCUUUAGAAGUUCAACAAUUAGGAGGAAUCGAUGGAUAUCCAGGUCUUGCCGAGCCUUACAGAUGUCUGGUCCUCCACUUCAAGCUAUUGGACACCCUUUUACGGGAACUUUAACUAGUCAACUGCAAUGCACUGAGUGCGGAUAUAAGACUGCUGUGCGUUACGACAAGUUUGAGAGUCUUUCAUUACCACUUCCUAGUGGCGCUGGCGAUUUGGGAUGGGGACGACACAAGCUUCAUCAACUCUUAACUAAUUUUGUGACACCUGAAGUGGUACCCGAUGUACAAUGUGAAGGUUGCAACAGGAACAGGGAUCCAUCGGCUGUGCCUGUCUUGUCAAGGCAGAUAAAAAUUCUUAACUUUGGAAAGUUGCCAGUGUGUCUUUGUUUGCACAUUUCCAGAAAUACCUGGUCACCCAAUGGGAUAUCAAAGCGUCAAGACUAUAUACAAUUCCCCAUGCGUCUGUCGAUGUCUGCCUAUACUUUUAUUAGUGCUCAUUACCAAAGAAAAAUUCCAGGGACCUAUACAAGUACAAGCGAAGGUGGCAGUCCUCUAUCAAGUAGCACGCCAUUGUGCUUAACAGGAACGUCCUUAAGUGAGAUGGCCAAUGAGUUAAGAAAUGUUUAUCAAUUAUCUGCUGUGGUAGUUCAUACAGGUGAUGCUCAUUCUGGUCACUUUAUAACAUAUCGAAGAGGCCAUCAAAAUAACCGGUGGUUCUACACGUCUGAUGUUGAAAUAAAAGAGGUUUCCAUAGACGAAGUGCUUCAAAGUACUGCUUAUUUGUUAUUUUACGAAAAAUCCUCUUCAAUGGGUGUUUUUUAAGUAAACAUAUUUAACGUUAGCACCCUAUCGAAUAUGACCAUCAAUGUGUAAUUUAAUAUUUGUUCCUAAAUUGCUGUAGACGCUUCUCGGUGCGGUGCACGCAUUUUCCAGGGAAAAAUUCUCAAUUUAAUGUCGCAUUUAAAAAAAAAUGCAUUUUGUGUUGUGUUCUUUGUAGACGCGACAUACUAAACAUUUAUUAUUAUCAUCCAUAAUGGAUGCGCAUUUUUCCUCAUCUUCACUUUGAAACAUCGUAUUUACCUAAUUUAUAACUUUAGUGCUGCGCUAUGAUGUAAUAUAUAAUGUAUUUUGGACAAUGUUAUAGAAAAUAGCACGGCGAAAAUAUGUGACAAAGUUAUUUUUAUAUUAAUUUCGGUAUACCAAUUUUUAAUUUAUUUUGCUACGUGUAUAAGAUGUAAUAUUUCGCUCUAUUUAUGAAUAACUGCAAAUCUAAAAUGAUAAUUAUUACAUAUUGUAAUCGGUUUUCCUAUUGUGAUUGUUACAUUUCGAAUAAUAUAAAAUUGUCUGUUGUGAAUACAGGAAUAAGAAUUUAUUGAAGCACCGGACAUACAAUGGAUGCGCAUUUUUCCUCAUCUUCACUUUGAAACAUCGUAUUUUCCUAAUUUAUGACUUUAGUGCUGCGCUAUCAUGUAAUAUAUAAUGUAUUUUGGACAGUGUUUUAGAAAAUAGCACGGCGAAAAUACGUGACAGAGUUAUUUUUAUAUUAAUUUCGGUAUACCAAUUUUUAAUUUAUUUUGCUACGUGUAUAAGAUGUAAUAUUUCGCUMUAUUUAUGAAUAACUGCAAAUCUAAAAUGAUAAUUAUUACAUAUUGUAAUCGGUUUUCCUAUUGUGAUUGUUACAUUUCGAAUAAUAUAAAAUUGUCUGUUCUGAAUUGUAAAUACAGGAAUAAGAGUUUAUUGAAGCACCGGACAUACAAAAAGUUAAGAUUAUAUCAGAAUUCUAUACUUUUUAUGAAGUAAUAUUCACGAGUAUUAAAACCUUUUGAGUAAAUUACGAAUAUGCAAUCGAGAAACUUUAGGUGUGAAGUCCAUCGGCAUAUGUUCGAAAAAAGAGACAAAACCAGCCAAAUAAAGUAAGACAUUUAGAUAGUUUUAAACGGUAAAUAUUCAACGCUAAUGCAUAUUUGCGCAGUUGGUUGUCUUGGGCUUACGUAAGUACCUUUUGCUUUUCACAUCUAUGGAACAUUUGCAUGCUCAUUGUUUGAUCACAAAUCUCAUAGAAUUAGAUAUUUAUCGUAAAAUGGUGACAAGAAUUAAUGCUAUUCAUAUUUCUGUGCUUAAUAAACGUGUCCCAUGGGACAAAUGAUUAAAAUUUAUGUUAAAAUGCAAACCAUUACGAAAAUUUGUUGAAUAAAACCAAGAUGCGUAUAUGA